AUGGGGCGACGACGGCGAACACUGAUCGAGGAAUACAAUCAGUUCGAGCUGGACAGCGAUGCAAGUCCUUUCUUUUGUAUAUAUAUAUAUAAGGCCACAAAGGCAGAUCGCGCAGUCAUUGCUGGUUUGGUAGGCGAUGGUCUCGAUAUACUGGAAAAAAACGCAAUGGUAAAAAAGUGGCGUCGCACAACAGCACUGCGAACGCAGAAGGACGAGGAUGAGGAACGGCAAAAGAUAAUAAUGGAAAUGACUGCGAAACCGGCUGCAAAAGUUGACAUGUCCAAUAAUGAGCGAGUGUUGGAAGCGAUGAAAAUCGCGGUUACCAGAGCCAAGCAGCUGGCAGCGCGUGCCUUCCAGGAAGAUUUGAUCGACAGGCUACCAAUGGCUGUCGAACGCGAACCUCUCUAUAUUGAGGAUAGCAGCAAAGCUCAUUCGAAGGAUAAAGAUGGGAAAAAAGGGUCUAAUUCGGACGACGAAGACAAUUCGACGGCAAAGUCUAAUAAAAAAUCAAAAAAGAAUGCGGAUGCUGAUGAGGAAGACACUCUUUCUGAUAUCGAUAUGGACAAUGAAGCUGGUAAAAAAACUGACGUAUAUAGUGUGGACGACCUACCGAUAUAUGCAGAAGAGCCGGAUUCAGAAACAGAAGAUCAGGCUGUACUAGACACCGAUGAAAUCCUAAAGAAGUUUGCGAACAGAUAUGAUAAAUCAUAUGAGAACUGUAUAAAACGGAGAUCAAAGGUCCCAGUACCAUUGGUGGUGUUGGAUUCAUCGGAUCUGAAUGAUAGCGAUAUAGAGUAUUCGAGCCAUCUGUACAGCAAAGCAACACACAAUUUUGACGAAGGCUCAUCAAGUGGUCUUCUGAUGCAGAAUGCGAUUAUAAGCAAGUGUGGUCGGCGCUACAUGCUCCACAACAACUGUCGGUGCUGCCGUGAACCGUGGAAUGAGAGAAUCGAUGGGGAAGAGUUACAUGAAAUUUGGAGUGGUAUAGAAGAGGCAGAACGGCUUGGAAUAGAGAAAGUUGUCGGUAACGUGCAUAACCCGCCAGAACUAACUCCAUCGUCUUCGCAGAAUACAGCGCUCAGUCAGGAUACUUUUUUGGACAUAACAGCACCAACAGCUACGAGUAGCAGUGCACAGGCCAUACAAGCGAGUGUGGAGAGUGUGCUUGAAGAAACACAGAUGGACAACGGCAAUAAAGCGUUGUUCGGUUGGGGCAGACGACUGCGAAAGAAGCAUGGUCUUGGCACAGAGCAGUUUAUUGCCUUGCUUGCCCAUACAUUGCGAGAUCUGGAUCCAUUUACAAGGCGCAUUUUCAUCCGACAAGCACUUUUGCCAUCUCGGAAAUCUUACAUUAACAGGAUUGCGGAUACUAAAAGUGGUUUGACGUAUGCGCCAAUUGCUGACGAGCUGGAGCCCUUCGAGGAGUCGUUCAAAUGGGGAGUUUUCAGAAUGAAGUGA